CCAUGGUGUUCCCAGCGGUUGGUCACUGCACACGAGUCCUCUAGGUGUUCGCUACUAUGUACACGAGAGGAUAUUUCAUACAUCGGUCAAUGCAUUGUCGACGUCCUGCAGCUCUCUCCUACGAAUUUUUACCUACGAAGAUACUGUCUUACCAGAAGUCUGGCGAGAACUGACCGGGUUUCUGGAUAAUGUCAUCAGUUAGAUGCACGUCAAGGGAAUUACUCUCCCACCCAAAGUAGAUCUUGUUAUGAGCUUCGGACGGGAACUUGAGGAUGGCACCCAUUUUUGCGGAUAUUACUUUGUAGAUCACAUGCACUGUUCUAUCUUUUGGUUGGAUGGCUUUAAAGCUAGCGGGCUGUUGGGUGUCAAAGAUUACGACACCUCUGAGCCAUCCCAUCUUGCUCAUGUGAUAGAGGCUGAAUACUGGUUCGUUGUUACAGUGAUGCUCUUCAUCAUUUUGAUCAUGUAGAGGCUAAUAAUAGUCAGGUUGCAUUAUAGCUUGUUUCCCAUACAACAAGUGACCAGCGAUACAAUUGAAGAGGCCAAUGAUU